AUGACGCAUAUGUUUCAGACAUUACACCAAGGUGAUGAACAAGAUUCUCAAUACGAUGACGCUAGUCAUUUUACUCCUGGUCGAUUCCGAAUAUAUCCUACCAACAUAAACACACUCCGACCACCUCCUUCCCCUGGAGAACCUGACGAACGUACUCACCUUUUAUUUGGGAUAAGGCCAGCAAAGACACAAGUUCUAGAGUGGAUUCACGUUGCGUGGAAACGUACAUUGAUACUGAACGUGUUUCCAGUAGCAGUGGUUCUUGCUUGGUGUGCUGUUCCUUUCCCAAUUUAUGAUCCAAGAAAUUCAAUAAAGCACUUUGGAUUUUUGAGUGAUAUAAAUAUUUUUCAUCUACCAAAUCAUGAUGAUAAUCCUGUAGAAAUCAAUUUUUGGUUCUUUUUAUUUUUCUACUAUGGAUUCUACAAUGCAAUAGCACUUUUAAUGGUCACAAAAAUGUUCGAUCUGUACUCUUUGAAUUGGUGGCCAAAAUGGCUCGGUGGUUGUUUCGCCUAUACCGUAUUCUGGCUUUUGUCACUUAUUAGCGGUGUGAUAGUAUACCUAUAUACCGGUCUGGUAAAAUUCAAUUUGACGUGGGUCUUGCUUACCUUCAUCACGAUGAAUAUGCCAUUAUUGGUGGGAUUCAUCGUCAUUCGUGCGCAAACAAAUAGAAGCACUUAUCGGCAUUCGUUUACGCUGGCUCAAAAGACAUUCCUUGAACGUCAAUUGAAAAAUCGGUUGCCUAAAUCAUACGUCCGUUUUUUGUGGUUCUGUUUCACUUUAUUUAUCGUAAUUGCUGCAUUCAUAGCUGGUGAGGCGUAUGCUUAUGUUUUCUUAACAACUCCGGAAGCGCACACAGGAAUAGAUGCAUUCGUUUACGUCUACUCAUGGCUUGCAACAAUUUACAUACUCGAUGCAGUCACAGA